AUGAGGAUUCUAGCCUGGAAUUGUAGGAGGGCGGCCAAGCCGGCCUUCAUGUCCUCCUUUAAACGGCUAGUGCAGUUCCACUGUCCUGAGAUUUGUUUUCUUUGCGAGACACGUUUGUCGGGUGAUGGGCUCGGUCGACUGAGGCGACGCCUGGGGAGGGACUGGGAGACCUAUGCAGUCGAGUCCCAGGGGCUGUCUGGUGGCCUUUUGAUCCUGUGGAGGCGGGGGGUGGCGAAGAUUGAUGCCUUCCACAACUGCUCUCAACAGGUAGUGAUGGUUGUUUCGGAACCUGAGGCGGACCCCUGGGUGCUGUGCGGUGUGUAUGCGAGCACGGACUACAGGGUCAGGAGACCCCUUUGGCAUGAGAUUACCAGCUUGCUUGCCCAGGGUAUCCCAACGGUGGCAGUUGGUGAUUUUAAUUGUAUCCAAAGUGCGGAUGAAAAGAGGGGAGGUGCGCCUUUCACUGAUAGGAUUGAUAGGAGGGAGUUUCGCGACUUUGUGCAGCUAAAUGGCUUGGUGGACUUAGGCUUCUCGGGGCCACGGUUCACCUGGUGCAAUAAUCAGCCUGGCGGUGCUAGGGUGUGGGAGCGGCUAGAUAGGGCCUUUGCUUCCCCAGACUGGAUCCUUCGCUUCCCUACCUGCCGAGUUAGCCACUUACCCCGGAUUGCAUCGGACCAUUGCCCCUUGUUGAUCUCGACCUCGUCGGUAUCGGGUCACCAUAGUCCUUUUCGUUUUGAGAAGAUUUGGCUGUCGUACCCCCAGUCCUGGGACAUUGUUCGAGAGGCGUGGCGUGUUCCGGUGCGGGGGGACGCGAUGCGGCGAGUCUCACGCAAACUCGAGUUGACCAAACGGCGGCUCCGCCGUUGGAAUCGCGAGGUAGUGGGUGAUAUUUUUCGGAGAUUGGAGGGGGUGGAGGAGGAGAUUACGACACUACAGGAGAGAGAAGACCUACGGGGUGCACUCCCGGAGGAUGACAUGUCUCAUCUUUGGGGGCUUCUUGCGACGCACCACUCACUGCUACGACAGCAUGAGAUUUUCUGGCGACAGAAAUCUCGGGUCCAAUGGGUUAACGAGGGUGAUCGCAACACUAGGUUUUUUCAUCGGACGACGGUUAUUCGGCGUCAGCGGAGUAUGAUCCACUCACUGCGUGAUGGGUCUGGCCGCCGAGUGGAGGGUGAGCCUGCCGUUGGACAGGUUCUACUCGACUUUUUCCGCGCCAGAUGGACUGAGGAUGAAGGCCCUGGUGCUGAUGACCACCUUCCGCGGGCUGAUGUAGGUAUUACUGAUGAUGAGAAUAUGACCCUGGUUCGGCCGGUGUCGGCGGAGGAGGUGCAGGAGGCAGUCUGGGCGCUAGCAGCGGACAAAGCUCCAGGACCAGAUGGGUUCCCCCCUAUUUUCUUCCGCAGAUAUUGGGGUAUCAUUCGGGAAGCUGUGAUCGAGGCUGUCCAGUGUUUCUUCACCCAGGCAGCCAUGCCUGAGGAUUGGAAGGCCACUUUCAUUACGCUCAUCCCGAAACGCCAAGAGGCAGUGGAGCCGGGUCACUUUAGACCCAUCAGUCUAUGCACAACCUUGUACAAGGUUGUGGCGAGAAUCAUGGUGGGCAGGAUGAAGCCCCUACUGCCAAGCAUUAUCAGCCAAGAGCAGGGGGCUUUCAUUGCGGGAAGGAACAUUUCCCACAAUGUCAUGCUGGCUCAGGAGAUGAUGUGGGAUCUCCAGCGGGCAUCGAAGCGGGGCAGUUUGAUGGCUGUCAAGCUGGAUAUGGAGAGGGCUUAUGACAGGAUCAGAUGGAGUUUUCUCCGGAGGGUACUGGAGGCUUAUGGCUUCCACAGGCGAUGGAUUGGAUGGAUCCUAGGGUGUGUCCAGGGGCCUAAGUUCUCUAUUUUAGUCAACGGCACACCUUCGGUAUUUUUUGAGUCCACCAUGGGGCUGCGACAGGGAUGUCCCUUAUCCCCUUAUUUAUUUAUCAUUUGCUCUGAUAUAUUGUCCCGUGCCCUCCAGAGGGCGUGUGCAAGCCGGGAGCUGGAGUCCUAUGUUCCAACACCGGGGGCGGGACCUGUCUCUCACCUACUUUUUGCUGACGAUUGUCUUCUUUUGUCCAGAGCGCGGGUUUCGGAGGCACGUGUACUUCGCAGAGUGUUGGCAGCUUACUGUGCGGCAUCCGGACAGAGAAUCAACUUCACGAAGUCGGCUAUCCAGUUCAGCCCCAGCACAGAGAGCAGAGUCCGACAGGAGAUCAGGAGUAUCUUGCAGAUGCCCGAGCAGGAGGGGACUCUGGUUUACCUGGGAGUUCCCAUCACGGGCCGGAGGCUACGAGUGGCGGAGUGCUCGGGGUUGGUGCAGCGGGUCGAGAGCAGGCUGGAGGGAUGGAGGGCAUCUUCACUAUCCAUGAUGGGGAGGCUGACCCUUGUCAGAUCGGUGCUUGGGUCCAUGCCGGUAUAUCUCAUGGCCAACACUGUGGUCCCUAAGACGACUCUGUUGAAGAUUGAACGUCUUCUCCGGAGCUUCCUCUGGGGGUCCCAUGGUGGGGGUCGUGGGGUACAUUUGGUGGCCUGGGAGCGGGUAUGUCGGCCCACCAGUGAGGGUGGUCUGGGAGUUCAGUCCCUUCUGGAGCGGCGUGAGACACUCAUUGCACGGCACGCAGCUCGUUUCUUGUUGGAGCCACAUGGGCUUUGGAGUCGGGUGAUGGCAGCCAGAUAUGGCCGAGGGAGCCUCGAGGCGGCACGGCGCGGUCGCCGCAUCUCUUUCAUGUGGCGGGAGAUUGGGCGGUACCUGCCGACCGUGUUAGCUCAUACCAGGUGGCUGAUGGGCGAUGGCCGGACCAUUGUUGUGACUGAUGACCCAUGGGUAGAUACCAUUCCCUUGAGAUAUUGGCCGACGACGGUGGAUUUCGAGGCAGCAGUAGGGCUCCGGGUGUGCGACCUCCUAGCACCAGGGAGGGCAGAGUGGGACGUGGACAGACUCUACCAGUUGUUCGGGGCACAUCUAGCUGAGAGGAUACUUGCCAUGCCAGUACCAGGAUGCGAGGGCCCAGAUGUCAGGGUUUGGAGCACUUCGUGCAGGGCCAAUGUGAGGCUGGGUGAUCUGGCCCGGGUGAUUCAGCGCGAGCAUGAGAGUGGAUGGGACGGUGCCUGGAUUUGGAGGUCUAGGCUCCACCCGAGAGCAGCACUUUUCCUAUGGAAGGUGAUGUGGGACCGCCUUCCGACGAGAGCUGUGCUGAGCCGACGUGGUCUGGGGAUCCCUGCGGAGUGUGGGGCCUGCGGUGCGGAUGAGUCAGUUGAUCAUGUACUAUUUGGAUGCUUGUGGGCGCGGCAGACAUGGCAGUGGACGGGUAUCCCAGAGGAGGUUUGGCGGGAGAGGAGACUGUUUUUGCAGAUGAUACGUCAGUGGCUGACUAGUCCGCGGACAUGUCAGGAGGCCAUCCGAGCGAUUUGCACCGCCCACCAGAUCUGGUUGGCAAGGAACGCUCGCACCUUUGGCGAGCGUCGGAUGUCGCCGAGUGGUACACGAGGCGGUGCCGGCUUCGUCAUACGAGACCCUCACUCUCGGGUAGUGGCAGCGGGCGGCUGCCGGCUUUUCGACACAUCAGUGCCAGCGGCGGAGUUGCGAGCUGCCUGGGCCGGCCUCUGCCAUGCGCGGCGGGUACUGCGGGCUAGCUCGAUCAUCUUGGAGGGCGACUCAUCCACUGUUAUUGGGUGGAUUCGGCGGGAGAGCAUUGACCAUCCUCUGAUCCGGGAUAUUAGGAUGAUGAUGAGGGACGUUGUGGCCUUUGAGGCCAAGCAUGUAUUCAGGGAGGCCAACGGAGCGGCCGACUGGGUUGCUGCAUAUGCAGCACACCAUUCGGGAUAUGCCUUGUGGGCAGGAGAGCGGGAGUUGCCAUUGGCACUACGCGAGAUUUUGUAUUUUGAUGUUCUUGGGUGUAUUCGGACACGCGCUGUCUGA